GUACAGCUCCUGAUAUCAGCAAGUUUCAUCUUUACAUACACUUCUCUUCCCCCUUGGGAGCUGGAAUACCUCCCUAUACCCAGCUGUCUCCUGGUCUCCACUUUUCAUCUGCCACCAGGUUCAUGUGUGGAGAACAAGCUUAUAUGGACUGAUCAGUCCUGAAAUGGCUUAGUUUUUGCAGACAGCAAGCAGAGUAAAUGCUCUUUGGCAUUUUUCCUGGACUUACAAACUAUCUGAGAAGAUCCUCUCUGCUCUUGGGUUUCCCAAUUCCACUCAUCAGCAGUUGCUGCACACAACCAGUCUGCGAUUCAUUGUGUAUUUUCUUCUUGUUUGUGUGGUUUUUUUUUUAUUGCUGUUGUUGCAAAAAAAAAAAAGGAUUGACAAUACUGGUAUCUCAAGUUUGCUGCAGUAAUCUGAGCAUAACAUGUCUUCUUUAACCAAUACAAAGACUGGGUUUUCUGUGAAGGACAUUUUAGAUCUGCCUGACACUAAUGAUGAAGAGGGGUCUAUAGCUGAAGGUGUGGAUGAAGACACAGAAGGAGCUGAACCCCCCAAAAAAUCUUUAGGGCAAAGCCCCUUAGAAACAGUGAAGAACCUACCUUUGAAAAACCCCUUCUACGACAAUAGUGACAACCCUUACACUCGUUGGCUUGCAACUACAGAAAGCAUCCAGUACUCGUUACAUGGGUUUGCAUCCAGCAAUUCCCAGCAGGACUCAUCACCCAAAUCCCCUGAACCUUCGGCUGACGAAUCUCCGGACAAUGAAAAGGAAAGUUCAAGCAACCCAGACUCCGGCAAGAAAAGGAAAAGGAGGGUGCUUUUUUCCAAGGCUCAGACUUAUGAGUUGGAAAGGCGAUUUAGGCAGCAGAGGUACCUGUCAGCACCUGAAAGAGAGCACCUGGCAAGCCUGAUCCGACUCACACCCACCCAGGUGAAGAUCUGGUUCCAGAACCACCGGUACAAGAUGAAGAGGGCAAGGGCAGAGAAAGGUAUGGAAGUUACACCCCUUCCUUCCCCUAGACGGGUGGCAGUGCCUGUCCUAGUCAGGGAUGGUAAACCGUGCCACACGCUCAAAGCUCAGGACUUAGCUGCUACAUUCCCGGCUGGUAUCCCAUUUUCAGCUUAUAGUGCCCAGUCCUUACAGCACAUGCAGUACAAUGCCCAGUACAGCUCUGCCAGUAACCCCCAGUACCCAACAGCACAUCAUUUGGUGCAAACCCAGCAGUGGACUUGGUGAACUUCAUUUACAGACUGAUCUGCUUGGAAAAAAAUGUGGGUGGGGGUACAAAAAAACUUAUAAUUAUUAUUAAUAUUAUUAUUGAUCAUCCUUUUUAAUGGAUGUCAGAUUCAUCUUCAGACACUCUUUUUAUUUUACUGGUACUUCAUGAUAAAUGUUUACACUGUCUGCUUCUUGCCAAGCAGAAAAAAAACUCUAUUCUGCUUAUUGGAUUUUUUUUAUUAUUUUUAUCUUAUUUUUGGUUUUGUAAACUAUGUUUGUGUGCUGUAGAAAUAUUGUCGGUCGUACAUAAAGCAAGUGGUAAACACUUUAAAAUAGAGAAUAUUAUUUCCUUUUUUAAUGAAGUUUUAACUAUUUAUGGCUAUGUAAAAAAAAAUUCUGACAGCUACUAGAAUUUUUUUUGUAAAUAUUUGUGGUUAUUGUUGGCAUCAGUAACCUUCAGGGCGUUUUUUAUGCAAAUAUUUUCCCCAAACCACAAAGCAGAACACAAACAAUUGUCAAAAGUCAUUCUACAUAGAGAUAUACAACUGAUUAUUAUGUAUAAUUUAAAAAAAGGAAAGGAAAGGGAAAAAAGCGCAUCCUUGGGAGAUUUUCAAUUUUUAUAAGAAUUUUAAUAAAAUGAUGUGUUUCAAAAAUAA